AUGAACUUCACCUCGGGCGCAGAAGUAUCGGAGCUCCUGUCUCUCGAUCAUAUAAGGAAUCAGCUCAUCCGACUCGAGGACACCAUUAUAUUCUUGCUCAUUGAAAGAGCUCAAUUCGCAUACAACAAAAAGAUCUAUCAACCUGGUGCUUUCAAAGAUGAGCUGAACUUCGAUGGAAGCUGGCUCGAAUGGUUCCUUUUCGAGAUUGAGUCUUUUCAUGCAAAGGCCAGGCGGUACACUAGUCCCGACGAACAUGCUUUCACCCCACUUGAGAAACUCCCUCAGCCCAUAAUCAAACCCCAAUCCCUCCCAUCGCUACUUCACCAACCAGCUGCAAAGCACCCAUCUGUCAAUGUCAAUUCGCGGAUUCUCGAAUUCUACAUCCAGCAUAUCGUUCCAGGUAUAACUUCCAGCACUCGGCUAGCUCAAGGUAAAGAAGUGCUAGAAGACGAUGGGAAUUAUGGUAGUGCCGCUACGAGGGAUGUCGAAGUGCUUCAAGCGUUAAGUCGGAGGAUCCAUUUCGGUAUGUUUGUCUCCGAGAGCAAGUUUCUCGAAGCUCCUCACGAUUUUAUACCUCACAUUCUCAAUCCCAAUCCAGAGGCUUUAGCCGGUCUGAUCACGAAGCCCGCCGUGGAAGCCAAGCUGUUGAUACGGCUUGCGAAUAAAGCUAGGGUGUACGGCUGUGAGAUGGAUGCGGAUGGUAAAGUGAUAGAGGUACCUGAUGAGGAGAUGGCUGCUAGGGGGAAGAUUGAUCUAGCUACGAUUGUAAGCAUGUACAAGAAUUGGGUUAUCCCUCUGACCAAGGAUGUAGAGGUUGAUUAUCUCCUACAUCGAUUGGACGGUGUACCACAAUCUCAAAUCGAUGAAUGGAUGAAACGGUAG